AUCUAAAGAAAUUUUAUUCAAAACAAAAAUCUAUUUGAAAAGUUAACAAAGAAUUCAUAUUUGUUAUUUUUUUCUACUUCUGAAAAGUCAAAUUUUCAUCUUCAAUUUCAAUUUUCAAAAUGAAUGAUAUUGACAAAGCAAAAGAUACUAUCUCUGAGACAUCUAAUAACAACUUUCAAAUUCCCAUAGGUUUAUCUGAAAAGGACGAAGUUUCCAAAUCAAGAUGGCAAAACUUCAAAGAUUCCUUUAAACAAAUUGAAUAUGACAAAAUCGAUCCUAAUAUGCCUGAGCUUGAGAAAGCAAUUUACGCUACUGCUCACUCUCCAUUAUCAAGAUCAUUAAAAAACAGACAUUUACAGAUGAUUGCAAUCGGUGGUUCAAUUGGUACUGGUUUGUUCAUUGGUUCAGGUACUGCUUUGAGAACUGGUGGACCAGCUGCUGUGUUAAUUGGUUGGUUAUUGGUUGGUGCCAUGAUGUUUUGUACUGUCCAUGCUUUGGGUGAACUUUGUGUUGCCUAUCCUGUCUCUGGUGCCUUUUCUGCUUAUGCUACAAGAUUCAUAUGUCCAAGUUGGAGUUUUGCAAUGGGUUGGAAUUA